AUGUUCAAAUCUUUUCGAUUGAACUAUAUCCGAUUUAAUCAAAAACAAUUGAGAGAUCAUAUCUAUAAAGGCUUGGAAGAUGCACUUUUGCGAGGAGAAAUUGAUCCAUCUCCUCAAGGAAAAAGGGUAAUUCUGGGAUCAAGCUUCACAGGAGGUGCACGAUACAUGCUUCAGAAUUAUCAAGAUGCUAUGGCAAUAUGCAAAUGGGCUGGCUACCCUGAUUUUUUCAUCAUGUUUACUUACAAUCCAAAAUGGCCAGAGAUCUGUAGAUUUGUAGAGAGUAGGGGCUUAAAAACUGAGGAUUUUCUAAAUAUUUUAUCCAGGAUUUUCAAAAUAAAAUUGGAUCGCUUAAUAAAGAACUUGCGAGACAAACGAAUUUUCAGAAGAGUAAAAGAAGUGAUUUAUACCGUUGAAUUUCAAAAACAAGGAUUGCCUCAUGCUCACAUUGUGUUUUUUCUUCAUGAGCAAAAUAAGUAUCCUGCUACUGCAGAUAUUGCUAGAAUUAUUUCAGCGGAAAUACCAAAUGAAUUGGCCGAUCCUCACUAUUAUAGAGUGGUGCAGUUAUUCAUGAUGCAUGGGCCAUGUGGUUCUGCUAGGACUUACUCUCCUUGCAUGCAAAAUGGUAGAUGUACAAAGUAUUUUCCAAAGAAAUUUGUUCAGUCAACCACAAUUGACGAAGAUGGUUAUCCUAUUUACAGAAGAAGGAAAGAUGGUAGAACUAUCAAGAAAGAUAGUAUUGACCUAGACAAUAGAUUUGGAAUACUGCUUAAUCGAUUUAUAGGAAAUGAUCACGUCACUGCUUCUUUUCCUCAAAGUGAAAAUGAGGAAGAUUCAUCAAAUGUUGAUGAAAUCAACAUGUAUUAUGAUUGUCGAUUCAUAUCAUCCUGUGAAGUUGCUUGGAGAAUACUUGGAUUUCCAAUUCAUUAUAGGCAACCUUCGGUAGAACAACUAGCAUUUUAUCUCAAAGAUGAACAAAAUGUUAUAUUCUCUGAUGAUGAUCUAAUUGAUGAUGUUGCCAAUAGGCCGAGUUUUCUAUGGAAACGGGAUGCAAAGAAAUGGAAGAAAAAAGAAACUUCUGUAUUUUCUAUUGGGAUGAUCUUUUUUGUUCCUCAUAGAAGUGGCGAGUUAUAUUAUCUCAGAUUACUGUUGAAUGUCAUUAGAGGUCUAAAAAAGAUCAACAAUCAUGAGCACACCACUUUCAGAGAUGUGUGUUAUGAACUUGGCUUAUUAGAUGAUGACAAAGAGUAUAUUGAUGCCAUAAAAGAAACAAGUGACUGGAAAAUGCUAUCGUAUCUUAGACAACCAUUUGCAAUGUUGUUAUUUUCUAAUUCUAUGUCACAGUUAGAAUAUGUUUGGAAAUUAACAUGGAAAUUAUUAUCAGAAGAUAUCCUCCAAGAAGAAAGAGCAGAGAUGACAGAUGAUGAAUUGAGAAAUCAUUGCUUGCAGAGGUUGGAAAAUUUUUUGAAAGCAAUCGGUAAUGGAAACAUUGGAAUCUCCAUUGAUGGUAUUGAGACUAUUCAAAUCCCUAAUGAUCUUCUCAUUAAGGAUUGUGUCGAUCCAAUAUCGGCAAUUAUAGAGAGUACAUAUCCUGAUUUAUAUCAUUAUUUCAAUGAGUUAGAUUACCUCCAGCAAAGAGCAAUUCUUGCUCCGACACUAGACAUGGUGGAGUCGAUCAAUGAUUUUAUG